AUGCCGACACCCGAAUCCGAGCUCUUCAAGAGCCAGAAGCCCACGGUGGCCCCCACAUUCAACGGCGUCGACUUUGACGAUACCAAGGCGUUCAAGGCUGCCGAGGAUGCCAUCAUUCGGGAACAAUGGGUUGGCGCCAUGAUGACUCGCAUCGUCGGCGAGGAAUUGGGCAAGUGCUACGUCCGGGAGGGAGUCAACCACUUGGAGAACUGCGGCCAUUUAAGAGAAAAGUACCUGCAAUUGCUGGGCGCGAACAAGGUCAAGGGAACCAAGUUUAUCCAGCAGAACUACUUGGAGAAGAAGGACCAGGACUUUGAUUUGGAGCGCAAGGUGCACACAAGCGACAAGAUUGCCAAGCUGAACCAGGGACGAUUCUCAUGA